CGGGGAAGGACUCCCGCCCCCCGCCCCCUCCUCUCGCCCGGCAGCCGGGCGGCCACUCUCGCGCCGCCGCCGCCGCCGGAGGAUGUAGCUGGGGCCGCGCUGCUGCCGCCGCCGCCGCCGAGUCCAGUCGGGAGCGGGACCCCCCCAGCGCCGCUGCAGCUUCCCCUGCCGGGCCGGGGCUGCCGGGCCAGCGGCGACCCUGUCUGCCGGCUGCGAGCGAGCCGGAGCGGGCGGAGGGCCAGGGGCAGCGGACCCGCCCGGCCAGACCAUGUCGGAGGUGCUGCCCUACGGCGAGGACAAGCUGGGCCGCUACGGGGAGGGCGGGGAGGUGGGGCAGAUCUCCUUCACCUGCCGCCUGCAGGACACCAGCGGCUUCUUCGCGGGCGGGCCGAGCAAGCGGCCCCCCAAGCUGGGGCAGAUCGGCCGGAGCAAGAGAGUUGUCAUUGAAGAUGAUAGAAUUGAUGAUGUGCUGAAAAAUCUUUCAGAAAAGGCACCUCCCGGUGUUUAAUUCCCUCCCAGAGACACUGAGUAAAGGGGGAAAAUAAUUUGCAAUGUAACACAUUAUUGGCAAAAAAACAAACAAACAAAAUGCACUCUGAAAUCCUUCAUUACUAGCCUGUGAUCCACAAUGCACAUCAGCAGAUUGUAUCUUAACAUCAGGCUUGGAGACAGAAGAGGUGCAAAAAGGAAGAAGGUUUAAGUAAUGUGCGAAACAAAACAAAAAUCCACCAAAAAACCCCACAAAAACCUAAACCCAGCCCACAAACAACAGUAAUAAAUCAAAGUGUAUCAGUUGCAGCUAUGUUGUUUAAAUUACUAGUCAUUUCUUUUUUCUAUAUGAUGAAUAUUGCACAAUUCUUGAUCUGGGGUUUAAAGUACUUUGAACAAUGCAGCAAAACACAGUGUUUUCAGACCGUGGGUACCUUUUGCUGGUCAUGGUUGUUCCAAAUGAGCACCUUGUUUACAUUAUUUAAUCUUGCAAAAAUGAUUCCGUGCACUUGGAUGUAACAUGCUAUCAGUUUCAUUGGGUUUUUUUUAUGUUGAUGUCCUUGGAUGUUUAAAAAAAAUUAUAUAUAAAUUAUAUAUAUAUAUAUAUUUCAUUUUAGUCACAUUUUAACGUAUCGAUGGAAUGUGUGCAAAAACUUUUAUAAGGAAUGAACUAUAGGAAGAAUUAUUGUUUUAUUUUUUAAAGCUUGUAUUACUUUUGCUGUGAGCAACUGCUCAAGUUAGCGCAAAUGGACAAAUUUUAUAUGUAAAACAAAAAAAAAAUGCUCAGCUUUUUCUAACGACCAUGCAGUCUGUAGUGUGGGCGAUCUCUGGUUUUUUUCCCUAUAUUGUGGCAGUUUAUUCUCUUUAAUAGACUGUGUUUAAAAAAAAAAAAAGGAACAAAAAAAAAUCCAAUGUAAUCACAAGAGUGCCAAAUAUCUUGAGAUGCCAAAUGGCAGUCUGUUUUCCUUUCUUAUUUAGUGCUCUUUGAGUCUAUGUAAAGUAGCACUUUUGGUGUCAUUUCUGUUCUUUAUAGGGCUCUCUACUGGAUUUUAUUGAUAUCUAGACAUCUAUAUAUAUAUAAAAAUAUCUUCUGAGUUUUCUUUUACUUUUUUUUUUUUUGCAUGAUAUGUGCAAAAAAAAAAGCCUCUUGUGUGAGGGACUAUUUUACGGUUUUGUUUGCAACUUUGAAAGACAGACCUCAAGAAGGGUUUUAUUUUUUUUCCUUUUCUUAAAUAUUGUGUAUGUUGCACUUUUAUCCACGACACAGGGCUAUUUCUGCAAUGUACAAUAAAAAACAAAAC